AGCUGUAUGCAGGAAAAGCACGUACAGUAUAUGCACCAUACAACAACACACAAUAGUCAAUACUUACGAAAAAAAGAAGUGAUUUGACUUCCGAUCGAGGAAAUAGACCGGUUCCCGUGUACUGUACAUCUGGUGGAUCUACUGCUGUAAAAGUUGAAACUCCACCUCUUGUGAAAGCUAGCAACGAUCAUCAUGGAUUUUCCCUUCUUUGCCAAAAACAAAACUUUUCGUCCGAAGAAGAAAUUUGAGUCUGGCACAAUGCGAUUCAACCUGCACAAGAAAGCGCAAGCAUCGCUAAACUCUGGCCUUGAUCUUAAAGUGGUGGUCAAGCUACCCGCAGAAGAAGACUUCAAUGAUUGGCUUGCAGUGCAUGUGGUGGACUUUUUCAACAGAAUUAACCUCAUUUACGGGACAGUUUGCGAGUACUGCAGUGCGGAUACAUGUCCUAUUAUGAGUGGGGGUCCAAGGUAUGAAUACAUGUGGAUGGAUGGGGAGAAGUACAAGAAACCGACUGCUCUACCAGCCUCAGAUUACAUCAACAAGCUUAUGGACUGGGUAGAACAACUCAUCAACAAUGAGAACAUCUUCCCUAUCAACACAGAUGUGAGUUUCCCUAAAUCGUUUGUCUCCACAUGCAAGAAGAUACUAACAAGAUUACACAGAGUUUUCAUCCAUGUCUACAUCCAUCACUUUGAUAAACUUGUCGAGAUCGGAGCGGAAGCACACAUAAACACAUGCUACAAACACUUCUACUUCUUCGUACACGAGUUCAACCUUGUGGAUUCAAAGGAGCUAGAACCGUUGAGAGAUAUGAUCCACAAAAUCUGCAUAUGAGCGCCCUUGUGACCCAUGACCCUUCCUCCUGAUCCAGCAACUAGGAAUAGCAACAACAGCUCAUUGAGAUAGCAUCUGACCUUUGAACUUUGACCUCUCAUGUCACUAUUGUCUAUAUGUGAUGGCUCCCUUCUGGAUGUACAUUUGAGUGCCCUCUCAUCAAAUAACCCUUCUUCCUAGAACCAACAACAAGAAAUAACAGCCAUAGCUAUCCAUGAUCGCAUCUCACCUUUGAACUUCGAACUUUGACCUCACAUGUCACUAUAUGUGAGGGCUCCUGUUUGGAUGUACAUUUGAGUGCCCUCUCAUCAACAACCCUUCUUCCUAGAACCAACAACAAGAAAUAACAGCCAUAGCUAUCCAUGAUCGCAUCUCACCUUUGAACUUCGAACUUUGACCUCACAUGUCACUAUAUGUGAUGGCUCCCUUCUGGAUGUACAUUUGAGUGCCCUCUCAUCAAAUAACCCUUCUUCCUAGAAACAACAACGAGAAAUAAAAACCAUAGCUCUCCAUGAUCCCACCUUUGAACUUUGACUCGACAUCUGUUAAGAUGAACACGACCUCUGAACUUUGACCCUUUAUGUCACUGUUUAGAAAGUCUCCCAUGAAAUGUGCAUGUGACUUUUUCAACAGUAAUGGAAAGGUGAAAUCUAAUCCAGAAAGCCACUGCAAAACCAUAAAUUCUUGGGACAUGAAACUGCCCAUUUUCACAGAAGAAUCUUUCUAGAAUGGCAUAAAUCUAGUGUUGUAUCAAGUUUUGCAAUGAUAUUUCGGCAUGAUACUUUUCUGCUUAUAAUCUGAACCACUGGCAAAAUAUCGCAAAGAACGUCAUACACUCGGGAGUUUCUGUUUUUUUAGUAACCUAGAUAUUGUCCCUAUUUGUGUAAAGGGUCUUCAACACGAUCUAGAAAUAGCUUCUGCGAAUGUCUAAUUUGCUAUUUCCUUUUGCAGAACUAUCUUAAAUUAUGAAAAAAUAUCAUCACAGUUUUUUAGUUCCUUUUCAAACUAUAGCUCUAUUUUUCAUGCUUUUGAUACAUGUAGUUAAGAUUCAGAUUGAAAGAUUGAAAAUAAAUACUCAUGAUAUGCUAUACAGACCAUGCCUUGGUAUUUAUUGAUGUAGCCGAAAUUUUAGUUAAGGUUUUGAGACAUUCACAUUCAGCCAUUAUUUAUCGCUUUUCAUCAUGAAGUUCUUCAGGUCAUAACCUUUAACAUUGUGUAGGUCUAAGGUCAAUGUAUACUCAAAAGGUUGUGCAUAAUCACAAACGCCCAGUGGCUGUGAUAUCCUUGUAAAAAAAAAAAAAAUUAUUGUAAUGUAAGUCCAUUAUAUCAAGACUAAUGUUAUUGCAAUUAUGGCAGUCAUCUG